UAUAUCUAGAGGUUCAGGAGAUGAGGAUUGCAUUAAUUUUGUUGGCUUUUUCCAUGAGUUAUAAGCAUACGCAUACCCUGGAAUUGGGUAUUUUGAGACCCUAUGGCGAGAUUCCCUUUAAAGCCUGCCUAAUUGAUGUUGGGAUGCGAUCGGGCUACUGCAUAGAUCUGUCACUUAAGGAAGUCUUUGUUCCCGAUACAAAUGAAACAAUUACCAAUAUCCAGUGUCGCGUAUUCUCGAGGUAUCGCAGUUGCACGCCGCCGGCCAAAUGCUGCACCGAUGGCUGGGACUACACCUACGUGGUAAAAACAGACAACAAAUAAUGGGGGGAUUUUCCCAUUAAAUUCUUAUUAAAUUUA